AUGCGAGGCAUCGUUAUCUUUUCUGGUUCUUCGCAUCAGAACUUGACACAGCAUAUCUGUCAGCGACUCUCCUGUGAACCCGGCAAAUCCUUCUUGUCCAAAUUCAGCAACAAUGAGACGCGAGUGGAACUAUACGAGAGUGUUCGCGAACAAGAAGUCUACAUUGUACAAUCGGGUUGUGGCCAUGUCAACAACAACUUAAUGGAGCUCUUGAUCAUGAUCCAAGCUUGCAAAACUGCUUCUGCCAGGAAGGUGACGGCCGUGAUUCCUUGUUUUCCUUAUUCUCGACAGCCCGAUGUCCCAUACAAACGAAGUGGUGCCCCUUUGACACGUGCUCCUCCAAUGACAGUGCCUUCUACACCGCAUGAUACAGUACCAUCCACACCCAAAGAACAAGCAAGCAAUGUCAACAACUAUGAGAAUACGUUGGCUGAUGCCAUUGAACACAUGCGACUCAAAGGACCAUGGAAUGAAGCACCUACUCAGCCUGAUGCCAAUGGAUAUCGUCAAUGGGUCGCUCGAUCAGGUACUCUGGUAGCAGAACUUUUGAUGUGCGCAGGAGCGGAUCACAUUAUUACCCUCGAUUUGCAUGAUCCCCAAUUCCAAGGCUAUUUCGACUGCCCAGUAGACAACAUGUCAUCCCUCCCCAUCAUGAUCAAAUAUAUACAACACAACAUUCCUGAUUUUGAAGAAGCCGUGAUUGUUUCUCCGGAUGCUGGUGGUGCAAAGAGAGCUACAGCUAUUGCAGAAAAGCUACAAAUGGAUUUUGCUCUUAUCCACAAGGAACGACGAAGACCUGACAAGCCCCAGAAACAUGAUCUCAUGCUCGUCGGUGAUGUACGUGAUCGUGUCUGCAUCUUGAUCGAUGACAUGUUGGAUACCAGUUUCACCGUUACCAAGGCUGCCAAAUUACUGCAUGAAAAUGGAGCCACCAAGAUUUAUGCUUUGGUCACACAUGGUGUCAUGAGCGGUGAUGCAUUGGAACGAAUUGAAAAAAGUUACCUCGACAAGGUCAUUGUCAGUGACUCUGUACCACAAGAAGAUCACACCCGCAAGUGCUCAAAAAUCUCUACAUUUACUAUUGCCCCCUUGUUCGCAGAAGCCAUCCGACGCAUCCACAAUGGAGAAAGUGUUAGCAUGCUUUUUGAUCCCAACUACGAAUUGUUCUAA